AUGGAGUCCAAUCUCCGGCUCAUCCUCGAUGAGAUUACCGGUCUGAAUCGCCGGUUCGAUGUUCAGGAGGCCAGCCUCAACCGACGCUUCUCUGAUCUGGAGCGCAGCCUGUCCAAGCGCUUCGCCGCCGUCGACUUCCGCUUCGACAACAUGGAGGCAUCUCACGCUGCCGCUUCCAUUGACCUGCUCGCCGCGUCGCGGAUCUGGAGGCAGCCCCGGCGGAUCCACAGGUCGCUGCGGUCGAGAGCCGCCUCGCCACGCUCCAAGCCAACUACACCGACCGCGACGCCGAAUUCGCCUCCCGCCUCUCGGAGCUGGAGUCCCUGCGCGGCGUUCCCAUCAAGGGAAGAGGUGGCUUCUUCACCGUCGAAGCUGUUCUGCUCUGGUGAUUGGUCCUCGCCGUUCAAGUCUCUGCCGGCGGUCAAGACUCCUCUGCCCUUGCCACCCCUGCCCAAGAUGGAGAAGGCCCCGGUACCCGCUGUCCAAGCUUCGGCGGCAACAUCGUCCACUGACUCUACUCUCAAGGCGGUGAAAGCUUACCGUCGAGCGCUCGGGCUCUGUUUCAAGUGUAGGGGCAAGUGGUCCAAGGACCAUCGUUGUUCCCCGGAGGUUCUUUUGGCUGUCGAGGCUAUCUGGCAAGAUUUCCAGGACGACGAUGAUUGUUCACCUGAGGACAGUGGCCCUGAGUGCAGCGAAGAGCAGGUGUUCUUGGCAAUCUCUAAGGCUGCCCUGCAGAGUUCAACUCCUACUAGAGCCAUUCAGUUCAAUGGGUUGGUGGAGCGCUGCCCUGUGCGUAUCUUGAUCGACUCAGGGAGUUCAGCUUCAUUUGUCAGUUUGUCUGUGUCCGAGCAGUUGUCUGCCGUGUCUGUGCUAGCUGCUCCGACUCAAGUAGAGGUUGUUGGUGGCGGUAUCCUUCACAGUCCGGGCCUCUUGACGGAUAUUGAAUGGUCUGUGGAUCAGUGUGUCUUUCGCUCUAAUUUCAGAGUGCUGCAACUCUCUGCUUAUGAUGUUAUCAUCGGGAUGGAUUGGUUGCAGAAGUGGCUUGUUAUCCCAUAUCAGGGGCAGUCGGUUUUGCUUCAGGGGCUCAACUCGGUCAGUCCAUUACAUUUGUAUCUCAGCUUUGUCCUGUGCAAGAUCCUGAGCCCACCGAGUCACUUCCUGAUGAUGUUCCUCUGGAGAUUCGGCAGUUGCUCAAUCAGUUUCAUCACCUGUUUGAAGCACCUACUGAGCUGCCCCCAUCACGUGCCUGUAAUCACCGUAUUCCAUUUAUUCCGGGGGCUCAGCCAGUAUUUACAAGACCAUACUGGUAUCCUCCGGGUCUCAAAGAUGAGAUAG